CUUAAGUGCACUAAGUUCCAGAGACAAACUUUCUUAAGGAAAAAAGAAUAGCAAAGCCAUAUGGAAAACAAAUCAGAAAAGAAACCUCGAGUUCUCUGCCUCCAUGGCCAUGGAGCCAGUGCUGAAAUAUUGAAGAAAGAAAUGGAACUUGGUUGGCCACAAACUGUACUUGAGAAGCUAGAUCUUGUGUUCUUGAAUGGACCUUUUCUACUUCAGGACAAAGUUGACUCUCAUGGCAUUUUUCAUCCACCUUACUAUGAAUGGUUCCAAAAGGGCUCCAAAGAAAUUUACAAUUUUGAGGAAUGUGUUCAAUAUAUAGAAGCUAACAUGGAGAAGUAUGGACCAUAUGAUGGUGUUUUAGGUUUCUCUCAGGGUGCAAUUGUAACUGCAACAAUGCCUGGAAUGCAAAGGGAAAGAGUGGCUCUGACCAAAGUACCAAAUAUAAAAUUUGUGAUCAUAAUAUCAGGCUUCAAGUUUGGAGCGCCCGAAUUUGGAUGCCCUAAGCUUGCUGCUAAUGCAUAUUCAUCUCCAAUUGAGACCCCAUCUUUGCACUUCAUAGGUGAGAAGGAAGCCAAAAAAACAAGCGAAGAAGAACUUGUGAAGUGCUUCGUUAAUCCUGUUGUGAUUCAUCACCCAGAGGGGCACAAAGUACCAAAUUUAGAUGCUGAAAGUGUGGAAACUGUGAUAACAUUUAUCAACAAGGUCAAGAAAAUCAAGAUGCCAUUGCAGGGAAACUCAAAGAUGUAAUUUUCUAUUCGACAGAGAAAAUGUAUUUGUGAAAUAUCACUACACCUAUAAUAUUGAAGACAGUAAUAAAUACAAAUUUAUAAUAACUCUGUGAGACACUAAUUUCGGUAGUAUUACUGUGUUCUAUGACUAUGGUAUGUAUACUGAA